UUCUGCGCUACAGUGUUUUUCCGCGCAAUUUGAUUACAUUUUUCACACGAAAAUAUGUAAUGCAGGUGAAAUGCCGCAAUGCGAAGCACGUUGAACGUUACCGCGUCGAUACAGAGUAAAAUAACACACUGUUUAAUUCAAUUAACUGAUGUAAUCCUCUUUAAUUUAGGUCGAAGUGUAAAAGUUUUGUAAUACAUUCUUACAUCGAGUUCCAUCAAGAGGUUAUGGCUGUCCAAAAUAAAGUGCUUUACGCGUUUCGGGGGUGGAUAGCAUUCGUUGCUUUCAUGGAUUUAGGUACUGCAGGACGUUCGUAUAUAGAACGGAGAUCGUUUUUAAGUCACAAUGGAGACACUGACCAUGUAGAUGGUGACUUCACGAUAUCGAGAAUGUUGGGAAUGUACUCUGUGCUGAAAGCUCUGGCUCUAAUACACUGUACCCUCUACAUACAUUACAAACCAGUCGUGUCUAUGGGCUACUGGUCGUUGUGUUUGACGAUCAUUUUGUACAUUACCGAGGCUUUUUAUUUCCACUCGACGAAUCUCAAUUUCUACGUCGUCUUUCCUUGUAUUUUAAACAUAAUCACACUUCUAGGACUUAUUUACUUACCGGGUAAGUUGAAACUCUGGGGUACGAUACCCGGCACUUCGGGUAUAGACAGAGAAGUGGAUGACGAAAAUGUACAAAUAUUACGACAAAUGGGUAACUUUAGAAGACGGAAAGCUGGCAACCCUAUCAAAAAUAAACACGUCUGAUUGUCUACGGUUGAUGUUGUCGGAUAUCGGAUUAUUCCCAACCGUUAUACCGCUCUGUCCCCGCGUGGGUACAGAUGAGAUUAAGUUUCAUCCGUCCCACCUUUUAGUCUGACUAUCACCAAUAAGAUGACUGGAUCCGUUAAGGAAUAAAAUAAGUUCCAACCGUCACUUGGCCCAAAAGGUGGGACGGAUGAUUGUUUAUUCUCAACUGUCCCCGCGUAGGGACAGAGCAGGGUGACGGUUGGGAAUAAUCCCUAUGGCCCGGGGUUUUAAAUAUAUUGUCGAGGAAUUUAGUCUGUGUUGAAAUGUCAGGAUAAUGAAAUCCAUUGAUUCGGCGUAAGAAAAGAAUUGUGAUAUUGUCUUUAAAAUCUAAACGAUGAGGUUUUUUAAAUAGUCUAUGUUUUUUUUUUAUAUGUUAUAAACGAACGACCACUGGUUACGCUUAAAUCAUGUGUUUGUACCGUUUGUACUUUUUUAUUUUAUUUUUCAAUUUAUGUUUUUGUCCAAUAAAUAAAAAAAACAAUAAAGUUUGCUAUAUACAGAUGAAAAUUGUUCUGUGCGUGUUUAAAAAUAACGGAAAUACACAUAAAAUUGAGAUUUUAACUCUAAUGCUGGGAUCACACUUGGGCAAUACAAUUGGAUAGUUGCACCGCCAGACAUCGAAUGCAGACUCACUGGUGCCAGUUAGCAUUCAUACUGCGCCAGUACAGUUAUUUAUUGAACUACUGUACAGGCCAAAUGUAAACAAUGCCAACCGAAUUUACAUCAUUCCAGUCCAGGUGAAACCAAUUAAAAAAAACUGAAUAAAUGUAUAUGGAAAAUUAGUGUCGGUUUAAACGUUUCCAGUUCUCGCGUUGCUAUCAUUGGACUGGAAUGAUGUAAUCUGGUUAUUAGAACUUUUUUGUCCGUUAUUUUUUAUAAAUUUUACGACUGCACUAGAGAUCUCGUCACUCGUCAGGAUUCUUUUUUUUAUUUUCGCUAAUACCAUAUGUUUGACCCUUCUUAAAAUUUGACGUGAAUAUAUAACCCUCAUUAUAUUCUAUUCAUGUAUUGUUUUCACAAAUCUGAAGUACUAAAGGUACUAAAAGUGUGUACUAGUACAUUAUCCCAAUUGUACUAGUACAGUGCGCACUUACAGAUGUCCGAUUAAGCCCAAGACUUCAGGAAUGCGUGCGAGUAUCCCAAUGACAUUGACAGCUGUCAGAUGUGACGUUUAUGCCAAUAAACUAGUGUUGUACCAAUUCUAUAGUGCGGUACUAAUUUUCUUAACACAAUGAAUUAGAAAAAGCUAGAUUUAGAAAUGUAAUAUUUAAUUAUAUUCCCUCCUAAAAGAUCUUAUUUCUAGAAAAAUAGGAAUCCUAGAUUUAAUUAUUUCUAACCUCAAUUUCUGUAGAUAUUCCCUAAAAUUAGAUGUAAUUGGUGUUUGAAGUUAUGUGAUACCUCACUCAGACUUAAACGUUAUUUAAUGCAUCCCUUAGUGUAGUUUUUACCCGACCAUUGGUUUCUUAAAACUCUCAAACCUUAUGGGUUCUUUUAAUGCCGUCAUUUUUUCUCUAAUUAAUAAAAAAGAGACAUGUUCUGCCAUAAUAUUAUUUGCAAUCUACCCACUUUUAUAAGAAAAGCAUAGAAAUGAGAAUUUGGCAGUGUAGGGGACGCAUAGGAAGCGGAUAUGUCUUAUAUUUUUGCGUCUUCUGUCAAGGUAGACAAGGCAACUGUAAUUACGGCCGCUAACUUAAGCUUUAAAAAAAUUUACUUAAAAACUACACUUUAGUUUGUUUAAAUAAGACAGAUUAUAGUGUGUCUAAAU